CACUCACACACACACACUUCACUCAACAAACACACACACACAUACCCCACAUCAACAAUGCGCCAGUCUCGUCUAUGCGAGCACUGGUCGCAGCUGCACUCGAGCAGCAAGCCGUCCUGCAAACCCGACCCCGCAGCCGUAUUCCCCGCCGAGGUCCUCGCGGCGUGUUUCUCCUUCCUCUCGCCUGCCGACCUAGUCUCUGCUUACAACGUCUCGCGCGGCUGGCGUGUCGCCUUCUCGCCGCACGCUGGUCCCAACUUGUGGAAGAUGGUCUUCCUCCGCGACGCCAACUACGAGCACUCGGAUAUCCAGGCUGCUCUACAGCGCGACGAGGAGAGGACCGAGUUCGUCCGCUACAUGAGGCAGGGACAGCGUUGAAGCACGGAGGUCCUUGACCCAUGGGGCGGUGACUGUUCGCUGGACCCCCUACACCUUUUCGGAACGAAAGCUGCGCCUGUCUUCCGUCGACUGCCUCUACGACAGCCUCAUCCUUCUUGGGCCUGGAUCUUCCUGGGAUGAGCUUUUCUUCGCCUGGUUGUCGGACGAAGGCGAGCCUGACGAACGAUUGUGGUUCAUGGCUUCCUUGGACCGGUGGUCAAUGGAGCCCACCACCGACGCGUAUGACUGCGAGGAACUGCCGCCCGCAAGACGGUACAAGUUCCAGAGCGACCGGAACGUCGGCCUAAUAAUUCAUCGGUACCGGCGUGAAACUGUCGACAACACACCGACCGAAUGGGUAGAGCUGUGGAUCCGGGAUGAGAGCCUCGAUGCGGACGAUGUGGUAGCCGAAUCAAUCGGCGACGUCCCGGACGACGCGUGGGACCAAGUUGAUGACGUACACGGGUUCAUUCGCAAAUUCUGGUGUGUCUCUCUGGUCAGCCUGGACCACGACAAUCGCAGCCAGCAUGGUUCAGAAAUUCAAGUGUUCACUACUCGCUUCACGGACGGAACCGUUGAACUGUGGGUACGAGUUGCGAGGGUGAAUCACCUUGUGGCCCGCCGUGACGGGAGUGGUAGGACGAGGGAAAACCCCAUGCCACCACAGCCCGUUCUGUUGGAAAGCUCUGACCAUUGUGUCGUGUCUCGAGGGCGCCUCGGAGCCAACCUUUUCAAGUUCCCUCUUGGCACCACCCAGCCUCCUCUCGCUUCUCUGCUCUACAUCUUUCAGCCUCAUCCGGCAUCCCCUCAACAGCAGACUUUGCAGUCGGUCGGUGGGACCUCCAACUACCGUGGAAUUACACGUCACAUCCACACGGCGCAAGCAUACACACCAAGUAGCAGCAUUUUCAAGAGCUUGAUGAAAGAGGCCGAGAAGUUCAAGUCGUGGAAAGUGAGGUCAUUCCGCUAUAUGGAGGAUGCCGACGUCUUGGUCGUCUUCUUCCAUGGUUAUAUCGCAAUGUUGCCAAACUGGACGGCGACACGCGACGUUUUGGCAGGGCCUCAUGGCGGCGAAAUCGCGACCAUCAUGCAGCAACGGACGAUCCUAGUUCAGAUCAAUCCACAACCGCACUGGAACUUCUGUGAUACUGGCGUUUGCGGUACCCAUCUGUAUCUGUACACGGUGAGAAUCACACGCCUCGUCGUUGUAUACGUUGCUAACUCGGAUAGCUGUCCGAGACUCUCAUACUCGACUGCGGUAACCUGCAAGUCGCCCACAUGUAUUCGCAGUCGUCGCCGCCCGAGCUGUCGGGAAUACUUCUCACCGGCACCAACCGGCUUGGCCGGGGUCGAUACAAGCCUCUGCAAGAUGCCUACCGCAUAUACGACAUCCUCCCGAUCAACCCUUGCAUGGUCGAGGAUUACUUGCACGCCGACCACACAGCCAUGACAGAUUUCCGCGCGUUCUGGGACGACCAUCCCUGUGAUGAUCCACGCCACUGUAUCCGAGUUAUCACAUUUGGUGACGACAGGGAGGAAGAGUAUCAGACACAGGAAGAAGAUGACACCGAGGAAGAAGACGCGUUUUAACUCCGGACGGUUCAGUUCAUGUUCACGUAGUAACCGACGGGCCAUUUCGACGCGGCUUGUUCAGCACCCAUCAGCCCUCACUCGAACCCGUUUGUUCGGUCUCGCCCACGCGACCUCGCAAUUGGAGGUGCAUUCGGUCCAUUACAUAGUCGUACCUGUUACUCCAG